AUGAGACUGGGAAGAAAGGAUGAUACUGCUAAAAUAGUAGAUAUAUUAACAAAGGCGAAUAAAUCAUUGUCGUCAGAUGUCAAUUAUCAUUCUCCGGAAAAGGUUUCAAUAAUCUCCAUUGUGGGGAUGGGUGGACUUGGGAAGACCACCCUUGCUCAACUCGUUUACAAAGAUGAGGUUGUAAAUAAAUACUUCGAUCAAAGAAUAUGGGUCUGUUUAUCUUCAGAUUUUGAUGUGGAGAAAAUCUUAAUAAAAAUUAUGGAAUCCGUCACUCUUGGUAAGUUUGAUAAUGUAUCAAAUUUCGAUUUGUUGGUAAACAAGGUUCAAGCAAAUCUCCAGGGGAAGAAAUUUUUGCUAGUACUGGACGAUCUGUGGAACGAAAAUAUUCAGCAAUGGGAGAGGCUCAAAAUUCCGUUGCUCGUUGGUGCUCAAGGGAGCAAAAUAUUGAUUACGACACGUAACAUGCAGGUUGCAGAUGUGGUAAAAGGGAGCAUUCGUCCGUACCAGUUGGAAAAAUUACAAGAAGAUGAAUGUUGGUCUAUCAUGGAGAAGAAAGCCUUUUCUCCGGGUGGAGCGACGAAGACUCCAACCAUGACAAACAUUGGAAAGGGGAUAGCGAAAAAAUGUAGUGGUUUACCACUUGCAGCAAAAUUCCUCGGAAGUCUAAUGCACUCCAAAAAUCAAGAAAGCGAGUGGUUGUCAAUUAGAGAAUCCGACAAGGAUUCUUGGGGCACAUCAUCCAAUGUUCAAAAUGCGCGAUCGAUUGAAGACAUUGGAGAAGAAUAUUUUGAUAGUUUGGUGUGGAGUUCAUUUUUGGAUGUGGUCGAAAAGAAUGCAUUAGAUGACAUAACUAUGUGGAAGAUGCAUGAUCUUGUCCAUGAUCUAGGACUAGAUGUUGUUGGGCAUCGUGAAUGUACAGUUUCCAAAGUUAGUGAGUUGGCCAAUAUUUUUGAUGUACGACGUUUACAAUUAAUAUCGGAUGAUGAUUCAUCAACAAGAUGUUCCGUAGUCAUGAGCCAAUUGAAGAAGUUGCGGACAGUUAUCGUCCUUGAACCAAAUAACAAUCUGAAGAGUUGCACGUUCUCAAGCAACAAGAAAUUGCGUGUGCUAUAUUUUGGACGUAUGGCUGAAGCCUGUACAGAGAUUGCAUAUCCGGCUGCAAAUAAGUUAAAGCAUUUAAGGUACAUCCAAAUUUCCGAUUUAGACCUUAAUGGUAUGAUGCAUGAUAAAUAUUACUACAGUAAACUUUACAAUUUGCAGACGUUGGUACUAAGUGGGUGUGACGCUGUCCAAAACAUUCUUGAAGCAUGGGAUCUUUGA